CUAGUAAGGGUUGGAGAACAAGCUUCAGCGGGAAAGGGGGAGGGGGACCCUAGGAAGACCCGUCGCAGGACCAUCAUCCCCCGAGCCGCACAGGUUCCAAUGACAGCCAUCCCUUGCUAUAACUUUUAAACUGUAUUUGGAAAAACACUGGCCAGGAAAAAAAUGAUAAAAUUUUUCCUUAUGGUGAAUAAACAAGGCCAGACCCGACUUUCUAAGUACUAUGAGCAUGUGGAGAUUAAUAAGCGAACACUUCUGGAAACAGAAGUCAUAAAGAGUUGUCUCUCUCGAUCCAAUGAACAGUGCUCUUUUAUUGAAUAUAAGGAUUUUAAGCUGAUAUAUCGGCAAUAUGCAGCUCUCUUCAUUGUGGUUGGAGUUAAUGACACUGAGAAUGAGAUGGCUAUUUAUGAAUUCAUCCACAAUUUUGUGGAAGUUUUAGACGAGUACUUCAGCCGAGUGAGUGAACUAGAUAUAAUGUUUAAUUUGGAUAAAGUACACAUCAUUUUGGACGAGAUGGUGUUAAAUGGCUGCAUUGUGGAAACUAAUCGGGCAAGAAUUCUUGCCCCUCUACAAAUUCUUGAUAAGAUGUCAGAAAGCUGAAGAGAAGGCUCUG